AUGGCUAGUGGCACCUUCACACACUCGGGCGUCAUCGAUGCGUCUGGCGGCAAGACCACACACAGUGUACGCACAUCCCAGAGCACCAGCCUCUGGCGAGACGACGUGGUUCGCUGCAUCGAGGAGCGCGCCGUCGCCUUCCAGGGCUACAGCAUACCCAAUAAUCACCUGGAGCCAUUUCAGCUGGUCAAGUACGGUGAAGGCGAGCGAUAUCAUUUUCAUACGGACUGGUUCACCGAUCCUGCGCACGCCAAAGCCCGUCAUGGCGGCAACCGUCUGUCUUCGUUCUUUGGAUAUGUUUCGGUGGCCAAUGUCACUGGCGGAGGAACCAACUUCCCUCUUCUUGACGCACCGUAUGACGAUCGAUGGUGCGCGUUUAUCGACUGCGACGAGCCUUGGGAGAACGGCGUGACGUUUCGUCCGAUGGAGGGAAACUUUGUGUACUGGGAAAACUUGCACGUCGACGGCUCCGGCGAUGUGCGAAAUCUGCACGCCGGGCUGCCGGUAACGAGCGGGGAGAAGAUUGGGAUGAACAUUUGGACAAGGCAGGCCCCUCUCGGCAAUGAGAUUCGAGGUGAGAGUUGA